CAGGAAGCUGCCGAUCCACUCGCCUGCACUCACUGGGAUCCGAGGGAAAAACAGGAGGAUCCGGAGGAAAACCCUUGCUGCUGUAAAGCCCCUACCGACGAUACACGAACUGGACAAUGUUCGAGCCUUGAAGGAACUUGGCAUCGCCAUCAACUCACUAGCCAGCGGCAAGUCCCCGGGAAAGGACGGCAUCACACCUGAGAUAUUAGGGGCUGAACAGGCAUGGCAUUGGCUAAAGAAGAGUUUGAAGGAUGUGGAGGUGGUCGGACCUGCCGAUGACUGGUGCCGGGAGUGUCAAGAUUGGCCUCUGUGGAGGAGGCCCGUGAGCUGACGCUUCUUCUGACGCUUCCUCUGCAGAAUUGGACCAGUAUGCAAACAGCAUGGAUUAUACUGGAAAAUUGACACAGCACCAGAUAACUCAAACAGGGGAGAAACUCUUCAAGUGCACUGUGUGUGAGAAGGCAUUUUCAAAUUCAUUUGCCCUGAAAAGACACCAGAGAACACACACAGGAGAGAAACCAUUCAAAUGCACUGUGUGUGAGAAGGCAUUUGCACAGUCAUCAGUUCUUAAAAGACACCAGAGAACACACACAGGAGAGAAACCUUUCAGGUGUAGUGUGUGUGGGAAGGCAUAUUCAGAUUCAUCUGCCUUUAAAAAACACGAGAGAACACACACACGAGAAAAACCUUUCAAGUGCAGUGUGUGUGAGAAGAGAUUUUCGGGUUCAUUGCCUCUUAAACGACACCAGAGAACACACACAGGAGAGAAACCUUUCAGGUGUAGUGUGUGUGGGAAGGCAUAUUCAGAUUCAUCUGCCUUUAAAAAACAUGAGAAAACACACACAAGAGAGAAACCUUUCAAGUGCACUGUGUGUGAGAAGGCAUUUACAGAGUCAUCAGAUCUUCAGAGGCACCAGAGAACACACACAGGAGAGAAACCCUUCAAGUGCACUGUGUGUGAGAAGGCAUUUUCAGAGUCAUCACAUCUUAAAAUGCAUCAGAGAACGCAUACAGGGGAGAGAGCCUUCAAGUGCACUGUGUGUGAGAAGGCAUUUUCAGAAUCAUCUGCCCUGAAAAGACACCAGAGAAUACACACAGGAGAGAAACCUUUCAGAUGUAGUGUGUGUGGGAAGGCAUUUUCAGAUUCAUCUGCCCUUAAAAAACACGAGAGAACACACACUGGAGAGAAACCCUUCAGGUGCCUUUUGUGCGAUAAAGCGUUUGCAAAGUCAUCAGUUCUUAAACAACACCAGACAAUACACACAGGAGAGAAAGCCUUCAAGUGCAGUGUGUGUGAGAAGGCAUUUUCACUGUCGUCAAAUCUUAAAAAACACCAGAGAACACACACAGGAGACAAACCCUUCAAAUGCAGUGUGUGUGAGAAGGCAUUUGCACAGUCACAAUAUCUUCAAAAACACCAGAGAACACACACAGGAGAAAAACCUUUCAGGUGCACCCUUUGCGGGAAGCCCUUUGCAGAGUCAUCACAUCUUAAGGAACACCAGAGAACACACACUGAAGAGAAACCCUUCAAGUGCACUCUGUGCGGGAAGGUAUGUUCACAGUUACAUCUUCAUAGACACCAGAGAACACACAGGCAUCAGAAGAUCCCCAAGGAGUGUUGUCUGAAAUCGACUUGUGAAAGUCAAAGUGCUGCAAUGAGCCCAUCCCUACUGAAAAAAGAACCAGAAGUAAAUUCCAGCUUGGACAAUAUGAAAUGUAUCAAGGUGAAAUUUGAAGAGGCGAAGGUGAAAUGUGAAGAGGCGAUAGUGAAGAGCGAAGAAGUGAAGGUAAAAUGUGAAGAUGAAGAUUCAACUCCAAAAUCGGACCUUCACAUUCAUAGAGGCAACGUGAAGCAGGAGGAGAAUUCGGACUGUGAGGCAGAGCGAGGCAACUCCCAGCAGUUUGUGGAAGUGGAGGUAUGGGUGGACUUCCUAGACAAUACAAAUUCAAAUGGAGACUCUGUAGAUGUGUAAUCUUGAGACAAUGAAGCUUCAAUAGAUUCACCUUUGUCACAGGCCUUUAAUAAAAAGAACGUAAAGUUGAAUUGCAUAACCUUACCAAUGAAUAAAUUGAUGAAACACUAAACAUUUAUAAGCAUCUAUGUUACGAAUCUACACACUCACAGGAAUACUAUUGUGUUGAGAUUUUUCUUUUGAUCACAGAAUCUUGCCCGCAAAUUCAUUGAUGUCUCAAUCGCCAAUUGUUAAGCAUCUGUUAGCCAAAUAGGCACACGAGCACUCACACUAUUGUUUCAGGACAUUUCGUUACUUGCAUAAUCUUACCAAUGAAUUCAUUGAUGUCUACUUUUGCCAUUGGGCACAUGUUUCUUUAGCAUGUUUCGUAUGAGUAUUAUAAAUUUGUAUGGACUUUUCCUAUUGCCAUGUAUGGUAGCUCUACUCGGAGCAGUUAGCCGAUUGUUGUUACUCAGUUUUAACAAACGUAACCAUUGACGGUUAAUUGUACGGAUCAAUGAGUAGGACAUCUUCAGGAGUACGGUAUUGACGAUUCCGAUCAUAAGUGUGUUCGCAUAUUAGAGUGUUUUUAGAUAUUAAACUUGCUUAACAUAGAA